ACCAUGCAGAAAUGACUAAUUUUAGUUAUAUAGCGUGUAUAAUUGCUAUUGAGUAUGUGUAAAAGUUUAAGUGAUAAGCUUAUCACUCAACGUUUAAUACGUUGCCGGCUCGCGAAUAGCAAACGUGUUUUAUGUUACGGCCUUUUUAAAUUAAACAAAAAUUUACAAAAUGUCUGGUGAGGGAUCUAGUUCGAACGGUAACAAGAAGGUAGCCUUAAUAACUGGCAUAACUGGACAAGAUGGUUCCUACUUAGCAGAGUUUCUAAUAAAAAAAGGCUAUGAAGUUCAUGGGAUACUCCGUAGAUCAUCUUCAUUUAAUACUGGUCGCAUCCAACAUUUAUAUGGCCAGCCGGCUUGUCACACGGGCGGUCAAAUGCAUCUACACUAUGGAGAUCUGACGGACACAACAUGCCUUAUUAGUAUUAUAACUAAGAUAAGACCAAAAGAAAUUUACAAUUUAGGCGCCCAAUCUCACGUAAAAGUGUCUUUCGAGCUUAGCGAAUAUACAGCACAAGUUGACGCGUUGGGUACCUUGCGCUUAUUAGAGGCGGUGAGAGCAGCUGGCUUAGAAAAGGAAGCUAAGAUAUACCAGGCCUCGACUUCCGAACUCUAUGGAAAAGUCGUUGAAGUACCGCAGAAUGAAAAAACGCCCUUUUAUCCCAGAUCGCCUUAUGCAUGUGCAAAACUAUACGGGUACUGGAUAGUAAUAAACUACAGAGAGGCGUACGGAAUGUUCGCCUGCAAUGGCUUGUUGUUCAACCAUGAGAGUCCUCGUCGAGGGGAAAACUUCGUGACGAGGAAAAUAACCCGGGGGGUCGCUAAAAUACAGCUGGGUCUCUUAGACCACCUGGAAUUGGGUAAUUUGGACUGCAAAAGAGACUGGGGACACGCCCAGGAUUAUGUUGAGGCUAUGUGGCUGAUGCUCCAGCAAGAGGAACCAGAAGAUUUCGUUGUUGCGACUGGCGAAACUCAUAGUGUAAGGGAAUUCGUGGAAAAAGCCUUCGCCUAUGUGGGGAGGAAGGUGGUCUGGAGGGGUGAGGGGGAGGGCGAGACCGGGCACGACGCGGACACGGAUCAGUUGUUGAUCAAAGUGAACCCCAAGUACUUCCGGCCGACGGAAGUGGAUCUGCUCCUGGGCGACCCCACUAAAGCCAAGGAGAAGUUGGGUUGGCAACCCCGUGUGACCUUCGACCAGCUAGUGAAGGACAUGAUGGACGCUGACCUCGAGCUCAUGAGGAAGAACCCUGAAGCGUAAGCAGAGCUCCUGGGCCCGGGGGUAGGGCUACUCACUUGCGAUUCUUCUAGUAUUACAGACGUCUAUAGCCUACGGUCACCACUUACUAACUAAAAUAAUUCCACAGAAGUUCUCACAACUUUUUUGUAGCAAAUUCGAUAAGUGACAUAGCCUUAGUUUGUCUAAUUAUAUAUGCUAUUAUAUAAUUUCUUUUGUCAAUAUUAUAAAGUCAAUUUUGAUUUUAUGAAACCUAUUGUAAGAUAUGUAUGAAGUUUUGUAUUAAAAAGAUAAAUGAUGUCGAAAAACUUCGAUUAUAUGUAAAUAUCGUACGUCGAUAUUUUCUGGUUUAUGUUUCAAUAUAUUUGCUUUAUUUUUCAUUAAAUUGGACUUAAUUUAUUA